GAAAAUAUAAGCUGUUAAUAUGUAUUUAAUAUUUAACAUAUUCAUCAAUUUUCCUGCAGGACACUUUGUUUACUGUUUCAAUAGAUCUUGUAGUAGUCUCAGGUUACUUCAAUACAUUAUUUGAAAAAGAACAUAAAAUGAUUAUACCUAUUUUAUACUGAGGUGUUGAAUGUGUGAGUUAAAGUUUCACGAGGCAAUACAAUUACAUUCUUACUAAUUCUUCAUUCUGACACUCUGGAAUUUACCAUAUUUAGUUUAACAUUUCUUUUAAGGUGGUCAAGAAAUAAGAGAAUACUAAAUGGCUUAUGGCAAAUAUUGUAGAAAAUGUACGGUGAAGAUAGGAUUCCAUUAGUCUGGCUUGGGCCUCUUUAAUAUGUGAUCUAUCUAUAAUUAGUUUUCUAGCAAGAAAUGUGUCCAACUUUAUAUAAUCCUGAUUUUCACAUGUAUACAUUUGUGUACAUUUUUAGCCCUCAACUAUCAACUAAUUAUAUUCCUCAAUUUAACUGAUUAGUUAAUUCAAAGAUGCUUGUCCAGGUGUGGAUCUAACUGUGGGAAUGGGUGACUUUGUCCCCUUUAUUAGCUAAUUAACUGUUUCUAGGCAGCAGUUGUUUGUAUGCAUGAGUAAAAUAUAUGACUUUAGAAGUUAUAAAGUAUAUGGAAUUUGUUUAGGAUUAAUUAUGCAAAUGUUUAAAUGCCUACAAUCCUUGUGAGUGUUGUUUCCAGCCAGACACUGAUAUUUCUUUACAAAAAAUCUAGAGAUUCAGAUAGUUGGUCAGAGUUGAGACUUAAGAUUAAACUUCACUGACUUGUUCUUACAAAUCCAGAUAUCAUAGAGAAAGAAUACAUGACAAGCCUGUACUUUGUACAAAAUACAAAUUAUAAUAAAAAAUUAAGCAUUUUCUAGAAAAUUCUAAAAUUGUGGGAGCCCUGCUUAGGCAGAAAGUAGAAUAUAGGUUAAUAUUUAGGCAUCCUCUGCUUUCCUGAUAUACACCUGAUCUCAUCCAGAAACUGUCAAAUUAGGAACAUUAGUGAAGAGUCUAGACAGUCUCUACCUAAAGUUAAAAAAAAACAAAAAACAAAACACAAACCCACAAAAACUACUUGACUUACACAAGAAAAUUAACAAGAGCCUUCUUAAAGCUCUUCAUUGACCACUCUCCACCUCUAUAAGAAUAUAUACAUUUGGCCUGAAAUUAGUUGUAUAACCAUAACUAAACAUGUUAUUAUUAAAUAUUGUGUUCAUGAAUAUUUGUUCCACAGUUUAGGUCAAGUAUUGAUGGUUCUACUAGGCCCACUAGUGUCUAACCAGAGGCAUGUGGAGAAAGCAUCAGCUUGCCCAGGGAUGGUGAAAUCCUAACACUGGCAUGGGGGAGAUCGUGAUCAUACGGAGGGGUGGCUUCUUCAUGUAGCCCAACCAAGCUGUUCAGUCGUCUUAGCCACGGUGUCAUGGUGCAUCUAGGAAGCAGCAACAGGUCUACAGAGUUUGCUCCAGAGAGCAAUGGCAACACAGGAACUCUGCCUUGAAAACACCUUAAACAAACAAACAAACAAACAAACAGAUAAAUGACUCAAUAAGUAAAUGUUAAUAUGUUAAUUUAUUGUAAAAAUAAGAAUUUACUAUAAACCUGUAUUCCUGAGUCUAUUUUUUGUCUGGUAGGUGUUUCCUUAAAAUAACAACUUCAGCCAUAUUAUAAACAUCUUCAAAAGAAAACUGCCAGGGUACCAGAUCCAAUUUGUUUUAACUAACUUAUUUAUAUUUAUUGUUUAAGCAAGAUUUAAUAACGCCAUGCAUCUUUUGAUCUAAUAGUAAAUCUUGAUUGCAUGUGUUGGUCUCUGAAUAGUUAAAACAUCAUAUGAUAUGCAUUUCUCAAUGAUUUCAGUGCUAUCUGUCUUAAGUGUGUUUAUUUUAGUCCUUAAUAACAAACUGCUUUACUAGUAAGGGCACUGAGUAUCAGAGAAGAGAAAUAAUUUGACUCUGUGUAUACAGCUAGAACUCAGGCGUAGGCCUUUGUGAAGCAGUCUCCCUUCUCUCUUUUUAAACCACCAUCCUUUCUGUGUCUCAAGAUUCUCUCUGCAUUGUUUCCUAAAAGUGUGUGUAAUGUAGUUUGAAUAAGGGCAAAGAGGAAUUGUGUCGUCUAUUUUUGUUUGUUUGCUUGUCUGCUUGCUUGCUUUAACCACUAGAAACCAUGUCCAACACAAUGGACCUGUCUUUUUUCCCUGUUGAUGUAGCCUGCUAGCCUGCAGAUACCACAUUAUUAUAUCCCAGUUCAUUUGUAGGCAUACAUUUACAUUCACUAUUAAAUUCAAAACUAUCUAAAUUUCCUAGAUUAUUAAAAUAUUGUAAUUGUUAUAUGUUACUAUGCAACUAUAAUAUAAUAAGAUUUUGGUAGAUAUUUGUUACAGAGGUCUUUAUAUUUAGGAUUUUAGUGUACAUCCAGUUUACUAUUUGUGGAGUUUCAUCAUCUGUUAAAUAAAAUUUGAAAUAGGACCUACCUCAGUUCUUCUGAUGAUUAAAUGAGAUACUUUUCUGAAUAUAUGCUUAUAUAAAAUUGUACAUCAGUUACCAACAUAUAAGAAGUACUCAAUAGUCUUAAUUAUUAUUAUACAUAAGUGUUACAUGAAUAGAUAGUACAAGCUUGAUAAAUAUUUAGUAAUUGGGUAAAUGAACGCUACAAAUUCUUUAACUGGCCAUGUAUGACCAGUUUGUAAGUUAGGUAUUCUAGAUGCUUCUUUACAUUCUGAAAAUGAUAUAAAACAAUGUUCAAUAGAAUUGAGAAUGUCAUCCAGUUUCCAAGAGGAUUUACAAGCUCUGGCUGCCACUUUAGGAUAGACUGUUCCCCACCCCACCCCCUUAUCAUUUGUAAUACAUAGCAUGUGAUCUCUGACUAGAAUGUAUCUGUGACCACUAAGUAAAUACAUAGUUUCCCUUCUUAUAAUAGCCAUGCAAGUAUGAUUUACCUGCUGACACAAUACAAACAGAGUAUGCAUGUAUGCAUUUGGUGAACAAAAGACAAAUGAGUAAGAAAACAGGAAAACAGGAUGUGCGCCUACAUCCUCUACUUGCUUGGGAUAACAGGAAUGCAUUGAUAGUGAGAAGGACAGUGCACACUCCUAUUUGUGCCUGUGUUGGGGAUGCCAUAUACCAUCCUGAUGAUGGCAGUCAUCAUGGUUUGAGAAGGACUUUGUUCCUUAAUAGAUUUGUUUUUAAAUCCUGAGCUGUUUACUAUCUAAGGCAUUUAUCUGAAAUUACUAUUCACUAAAUCCCUCAGUUCCUAGAACUGUUAAUCUGAUUCUAGUAAUAGUUUUUUUAAAAAAGGUUCAAAGGUUUGCCUGCCUGUAGAAUCUUCUUCCCUACCACUGACACUGCAAUUCUACCUUUAGAUGCAGUUAGUGUGUCAUGUCUACGAGCCCUGUUUCAUGCUUUCUUGUAUGUUUGUGCUACACUGACAGUUUUCUGUUUAGAGGUGAAUGUUUUCUUUUAGGCUGUAGUGAUUAAAGUAUAAACUUCUUGAAGGUAAAGCCUGUGCCUUAUUCUCUCAAUUCUGGUAUUAUCCAGUUUCUGAUACAGAAGAGAUUGUCGAUAAAUAUGUAUCUAAUAAAUUAAUGAGUUUGCCUUCACACACAUCAGAUAAGGGACAUGACUAUAAUCUCCUCUGUGUUUUUGUUUUUCUCCAGGAUUUGUGAGCCUUUUGAAAUUAACUAUGGACAUAUUGCUAUGCUUCUGACUUGUCUAGUUGCUUUGAGGGAUAUUUCUUAUUGUUGAAAUGUCUUUUUUUGUUAGCAAUUGGCUGUUUUAGUUUUUUGUUUUGUGUUGUCCCACCUUGUUUACACUGUGGGUAUGUUUUAGAGCAGGGCUCCCCGUGUGUUGUCCAUGAGUGACGGCGUGAUGGAGCCACAUGGAACAGUGUUCUUAAUUCUCACUUCUGUUUACAUGCUACCUGCUUUGUUGCCUUGUUCAAGCACUGUUAUUGAUGUGCUUUGAAAAGAUGUGUGGAUUGUGUCAGCAAGCUGGGAAAGUCAGAGUUUUGUUUUUCAGCCAAAAUUCUUAGGCCUUAAUAAAAUAUGUGAUGCAUAGCUUAGAAGUCAAUAAAUGUGCCCUACCUGAACAAACGCUCCAUUGUUACUUUACUGUUUUGAGGUCCAUCCAGGCCUGAGGAUUUUGUUAAAGGCUAACUGAAAUGCCCAGUAUCACCCAGCCUAGCAAGAGAAAAUCUGACACUCACGACUUGUACUUCUGUGUUCCAGGCUGUUACACAAGCUCACUGAGAAGUACUGUAUAUGUCUGGUUUCUCAACUUCACCUGCAGUAAACUUGUGCAAUCCUGGGGCUAGAGACCUCCUUUGUAAAUGUUGUCUAUCCAAUAAUGGUGUUGGCACCUGGGAGGCCCUAGCAGAUAAAAGUGGAAGAACAUAUGGCUUCCAUCUGAAUACAAAUUGGUGGACAUAGUGUGGUAAUUCAGCUGUGAUGUCCUCUAUACUGUAAUCUGAAAGAGUCUGAGUAGAUGUGAAUCUCUCCCACUCCUCUACACCCCCUUUCCACUGUGUUUUGAUCGCCCUGAAUUACAGCCAUCCUGCGUCGCCUUCUCACUGUGUUAUUUGUGAAAAUGGCCAGCAUGAGGAAUUAUUAAUUAAAGCUAACAAAUCACCCUGACGAGCUGUGCCCUGGCAUGGCUGAAGGUUGAUUGGCGAAAGUGUUCUCCUUUAGAGAAAAGACUUUUUGUGCUCGUGACGCAGUCAGGGACGGAUUAUUGAAUAUGCAAGUUAGAAGAAAAAUCACAGGACAAGCAAAUUGAGUAUUUACUGGCAAAUAAUUGCGCUCUUAAACUGUGGCUCUCUUCCUAAAUUCUUAACAUUCCCGAGGGUUAGAAAGAAACACAGAAAAAUGCAUCGGUACAGAGUUCAUUUCAAAAAACCACCCAUAGACUGAUGUUUGAGGCUUGUGCAGACUCUUUUAUCAUCAGCAAUUGAAUAUUUCACACAACGUGUUGGCUGUCCCUUGACCACCAGUCUGUUGCCCGUUGCUGCUCUUCAUAUGCAGCCACUCUCUGUCCCCUGUCCCAAUGAGCAUCUGCACUAGGCCCCAGCCUUGGAGUGGUUUACCUGAAGAGUGACACCAGCGAUUUAGAAACUGCUAAAGUAUAAUUGAGAGGAACAGGGUGAAGGAAAUGCAAAUGCGAAAGGCAAGCAGUAGGAAGAAACCCAAGACAGCUGAAAACCAGAAGGCAUCUGAGGAGAAUGAGAUUACUCAGCCGGGCGGAUCCAGCGCCAAGCCGGCCCUUCCCUGCCUGAACUUUGAAGCUGUUUUGUCUCCAGCCCCAGCCCUCAUCCACUCGACACAUUCACUGACAAACUCUCACGCUCACACCGGGUCAUCUGAUUGUGACAUCAGUUGCAAGGGGAUGACCGAGCGCAUUCACAGCAUCAACCUUCACAACUUCAGCAAUUCCGUGCUCGAGACCCUCAACGAGCAGCGCAACCGUGGCCACUUCUGUGACGUGACGGUUCGCAUCCACGGGAGCAUGCUGCGCGCACAUCGCUGCGUGCUGGCAGCCGGCAGCCCCUUCUUCCAAGACAAGCUGCUGCUGGGCUACAGCGACAUCGAAAUCCCGUCGGUGGUGUCCGUACAGUCGGUGCAAAAGCUCAUUGACUUCAUGUACAGCGGUGUGCUGAGAGUCUCACAGUCGGAAGCUCUGCAGAUCCUCACAGCCGCCAGCAUCCUGCAGAUCAAAACAGUCAUAGAUGAGUGCACUCGCAUCGUGUCACAGAACGUGGGCGAUGUGUUCCCAGGCAUCCAGGAUUCUGGCCAGGACACACCAAGAGGCACACCAGAGUCAGGCACAUCUGGCCAGAGCAGUGACACGGAAUCAGGCUACCUGCAGAGCCACCCACAGCAUAGUGUGGACCGAAUCUACUCCGCACUCUACGCUUGCUCCAUGCAGAAUGGCAGCGGCGAGCGCUCCUUCUACAGUGGUGCAGUGGUCAGCCACCACGAAACAGCUCUCGGCCUGCCCCGUGACCACCACAUGGAAGACCCCAGCUGGAUCACACGCAUCCAUGAGCGCUCCCAGCAAAUGGAGCGCUACCUGUCCACCACCCCUGAGACCACGCACUGCCGCAAGCAGCCCCGGCCUGUGCGUAUCCAGACCCUGGUGGGUAACAUCCACAUCAAGCAGGAAAUGGAAGAUGACUAUGACUACUAUGGGCAGCAAAGGGUGCAGAUCCUAGAACGCAAUGAAUCCGAGGAGUGCACAGAAGACACUGACCAAGCAGAGGGCACUGAGAGCGAGCCCAAAGGUGAAAGCUUUGAUUCUGGGGUCAGCUCCUCCAUCGGCACCGAACCUGACUCAGUAGAGCAACAGUUUGGGGCAGCAGCCCCAAGGGACGGUCAGGCAGAACCUGCCCAACCUGAGCAGGCAGCAGAAGCCCCAGCUGAGAGCAGUGCCCAGCCAAACCAGCUAGAACCAGGUGCCUCCUCUCCUGAGAGAAGCAACGAGUCAGAGAUGGACAACACAGUCAUCACUGUCAGUAACAGCUCCGAUAAGGGCGUCCUACAGCAGCCUUCAGUCAACACAUCCAUCGGGCAGCCAUUGCCAAGUACCCAGCUCUAUUUACGCCAGACAGAAACCCUCACCAGCAACCUGAGGAUGCCUCUGACCUUGACCAGCAACACACAGGUCAUUGGCACCGCUGGCAACACCUAUCUGCCAGCCCUCUUCACUACCCAGCCCGCGGGCAGUGGCCCCAAGCCUUUUCUCUUCAGCCUGCCGCAGCCCCUGACAGGCCAGCAGACCCAGUUUGUGACAGUGUCCCAGCCCGGCCUGUCCACCUUUACUGCACAGCUGCCAGCGCCACAGCCCCUGGCCUCAUCUGCAGGCCACAGCACAGCCAGUGGGCAAGGUGACAAAAAGCCUUAUGAGUGCACUCUCUGCAACAAGACUUUCACAGCCAAACAGAACUACGUCAAGCACAUGUUCGUACAUACAGGUGAGAAGCCCCACCAGUGCAGCAUCUGUUGGCGCUCCUUCUCCUUGAAGGAUUACCUUAUCAAGCACAUGGUGACGCACACGGGCGUGAGAGCAUACCAGUGUAGCAUCUGCAACAAGCGCUUCACCCAGAAGAGUUCCCUCAACGUGCACAUGCGCCUGCACCGCGGGGAGAAGUCCUAUGAGUGCUACAUCUGCAAAAAGAAGUUCUCCCACAAGACCCUGCUGGAGCGACACGUGGCCCUGCACAGUGCCAGCAACGGGACCCCUCCCGCAGGCACGCCCCCAGGUGCCCGCGCGGGUCCGCCAGGCGUGGUGGCCUGCACAGAGGGGACCACUUACGUCUGCUCCGUCUGCCCAGCAAAGUUUGACCAAAUCGAGCAGUUCAACGACCACAUGAGGAUGCAUGUGUCUGACGGAUAAGUAGUACCUUUCUCUCUUUCUUACGAACCAAACAAAACGACAACAAAAGAAAUAAACAAGCAAACAAACAGACAAAAAGCUAUGGCACUAGAAUUUAAGAAAUGUUUUGGUUUCAUUUCUACUUUCUGUUUUUGUUUCUGUCCCGUUUCAUUUUGUACUACAUGAAGAACUGAUUUUUGCCUGCUGGGACAUUACAUUUCCGGGGGCUUGGGUGGAUAAUACUUUUCCCAGUCCCCCUUGGAUGGUGGCCUUAAGGCCUGGUAGUGCUUCAGGAGGUCCACUGGUUGGAUCUCUAGCUACUGGCCUCUAAAUACAACCCUUCUUUACAAAAACAAAAAACAAACAAACAAAAAAAAAGACAAAAACAAAACAAAAACAAAACAAAAAAAGCAAAAAACCACACACAUACACACACACACACAAAAAAAAAAGAAACAAAAAAAUCUUUUAAAAAAGUUUAAAAAAAUGUUUAAAAAAAAAGAAAAAUUGUUUUUCCACUCGUGAAGAGCACUACAGAGUUUCUUAGGAGCUGUAAAGGCCUGCUGUCUUUAAAUACACCGCUCACAGUGUUUCAGAGAACAGUUCACUCUUCUGGCCACUUGGACUUCACAGUAAGCAGUUUAAACUGUGGAAUAUCACUUCUGGUUGAAAACCCAGAGGAAUGGCCCUGCUGUUUCCACCUACCACGCUGUCUGAUGUCAUUAAAGGGCUCUGGGAUGGGAGGGGUCGGUGAGCCCAGUGGUGUCAACAAAGGCGGGGUGGCAGGCUUCUCCCCCAGGUCUGCCUGGUCCACACACCCUGGCCCACCUCCUCCACAUCCCGCCCCUUUCAGCAGAAGCCAGGAAGACUCGGACAAGCAACAGUGGCUAUCGUAUUUAUUCAGUGUCUUGGCUGAGCUACAGCCUCAGCACAAUCAAGAGGGACUUUCAUGAAAGGCAGGAAUGCAGAGAAAAACAAAGAUUACAGAUUUGCACCUAUGUUUCUAGGUACAAGAGAAGGAUUAUUUCCAACAAUCUUUGCAAAAAAAAAAAAGUGUCAGGAUAUAUUCUUGUGGAAGAGAAAAAGAAAGAAAUGGAGGGUGGGGGGAACAGUAAAAGUUCUUGAGGCUUUUUUAAUUCAAAAAUUUAUAGAGGGGCAAAAGUGAUGUUUACCAGAUAGAAUGCUGAUUUUUUUAAUAUAUUUACAACAGUAUUUGUGUAAAAAAAACAAAAAAGUGAGAUUGUUAAAAGUGAUUUUUUUUUUCUCCUUUUGGUUCCGCAUACACUGCCGCCGUUCCCUUUACUUUGUCUCACACAUAUAUAUAUUUUUUGGUAAGUCAAGACUGUUAAGGUUAGCGAUACUGCUUCCAGAUAGAAAGAAUAGAAGGCAACUAAAGUUAUAUUUGAAAGAGAGGAAGGAUAUUUUCUUCAUAUUUUUUUCUUAAUUUUUAUUAUUUUAAAGUAUUGCCUGGGUUGCUAAGGGCCUCCGCGGCCCGUCCACCCUGCUGUAAUUUCAACUGCUGCUCUGUUUGCGAUGCGUAGGUCUUUGACUUCUAGCAGGUUUCAGUGGCUCGCUCCACUGAACAGUUAUCACCCAUCCAUCUAAAAUUCUGUCCUUUAUCAUGGGAGGGACGUGCUCUUUUAGAAGCAGAUUUCUUCCUUCUCCAAAAUUUCACUGAGCUCUUAGGAUUCCAGAGUUCCAUUAACCUUGCUUUGUUCCCUCUGGUGAAACACUAGUGGUCUAGAGAUCUUGACACAGGGGUCUGUUUCCUUCAUGGUCCUCAUGCCUCUCUCCCCUGCCUCCUCACCCUCUCAGAGCACUGUGUGGGCAUUACUCUGAGAAGCCUGUUACAAACCACAGUGCAUUGAUGCCAAAACUCCUCCCUUCCUUUCAUGGCCUCUGACUCCCCACCAUAGCUCACAGGGCUGAGUAGGAUGGUCAUUCUUUAGUUGAUUAUUGACUCUUGCUUUUUUGGAGGAAUUAGCAGUUUCUCUGUGCUAACAUCCAACUUUCAAAAGGCCAUGAAUCUCCAGCGUCAUCCUGGAUGCUGCUCUUUCUAGUUGGGAUUUCUCUCUUUGGUGUUGAUCAAGAAAUCAUAAGAUUUUCCAAUCAUAUACAGAGUCCUGAAGGGGUUCCAGCUUAAAAAAAAUGGGACUUUUUAAACCUAGAUAAUACUCACUAAGUAAUUUUAUGACUGGCCAUGUUUUAGCACACUUAAAAGGAAAAGUAACUAUUCCAAUAACACAGAAACACAAAACUACAUUUUUUUUAAAAAAAAGAGAUUUUCUUUUCUAAAUUGCUCUACAUUUUAAAUCAGUUUUCCUCCUAAUUUUCCUGUUAGCAUUUUAUUUACAAAAAAAAAUGCAGCAAAUGAGGGAAAAUUUUCCAAGGCAAGCAACUCUAUAAUGACUAAAUUGGUUUUAUUCAUAUAUUUUAGACAAUUGGUUAACUUGAAUCUUUUCCGUAAGUUCUUUGUGAUGUUUAGUAGUUUGUGCAACUGGAGUAUUUGUGGCGUUGGAGUUGGUCUUAUGGUGCUUAAUUCAGUGGAUUUUUUUGCUAGAGUUGUAGUGUGGCUUUGGAUCGGUGACUUACUACUGAGUAUCACUUAUCGUGAUUUCUAAGAAGGGGACACCCAAAAAACUUGUGUGACCUGUUUUAAAAAUUAGCUUCAGAAAUGCAGAAGUUCUCCCUCCCCCACCCCCUGCUGCUUUGCUGUUGUUAAUAUUGGAAGUCAGGCGCGACCUCAUGUUUCUGUACCAGCGAGAGGGAGCAUUAAGUCACAAGGUCAUGGAAUCAUUUGGAUAGUUCAAAAUAUGAGUUGUUCAACCCAUCAAGGAGAAAAAAAAUGAUGCUGUGAUAUUCUUUUCUUAAUCUGGAGGAAAAAAAGACAUGAAAUCACUCACCAAGUGAAAGAAAGCAGAGGCCCAGCGUCAGGCAUCCUCACUGUUGACGGGAGCACAUUGAAAGAAGUGUUUCCAGUCAAACCUCAGUAAAGUAGUCAGAACUCUGACUGGUCCUGGGAAUACUUACCUUACGUGCCAUUAGGUCUCAUUCCCAUCUGCUCACUACACCUGAGAGAAUCCCAUUUGUCUUCAUGCUAAUGUGCCAUUGUCAAAAAGCUAAGCAACUGGGUUAAAAAUCCAACAUUUGUUGUAGAGCAUGUAAGAAAAGAAAAGAAAAGAAGAGAAAAGAAAAGAAAAGAAAAGGAAAGGAAAGAAAAGAAAAGAAAAGAAAAGGACACCAGAUGACUUGAAACUCUGAGACACAUUCUUUUCCUACAAAGGGAAUAUCUCCUUUUAAAACGUGUGAGGAGAUCCCCAGGAAUUCUUGGUCAGGUCCUACCUACUGUACAGGCUCAGUCCUAUUGUUUUACCCCAAACAUCUCCCAACCUAAAAUACUGCUUUCUAGAACUGAAGGACGCUCCGUUGGCAUCAGAGCUCUAAAGGAAAGAUGCUUUUAUAGUGCUGGUGCUGUAUACCUGGCCUCUCAAGGGCUGUUUUCCAACUGCACUACAUUGUAGAAGAUAAGCCAGUCUGCACCUACUUCAAAAGGUUACAGAUGCUUCCAGGAUUGCCCAUGCACACUCGAUAUUUAACAAUCACAAAUAAGAGAAGAUGAGAAAGAUUGCCAUUUUUUUUUGGUUUUCUGUCCUACCAUUUUCAUGAUGGGAUGCUAUCAGUUCUUUUAAAACUAGAAAACAAACAAACAAGGGUCAUUUUAGUAUUCAGGAACACUUGCGCAAGUGUGCAUGCACACAUGUGCACACGCUCACACAUGAUGGAAGCAGAUGUUCCAGGCAGAAGACCUCUUGAGAAGUUUAGGGAACAAGAGCUGGCAUUCAAAAGAAUACUAGUAUAUAUUUUUAAAUCAAUCUACAAUUUAAACAAGAAAUGUGUUAAAUACAAAAACAAAAUAGUACCAGCAUUUGUACAAAAAAGAGCCCCUAAUUGUGUAAAACAUAUCCCCCAAAAGACAAUAAUUAGAACUAGAGAAUAUGAUUCAGCUCUACAAUAAAAAACAAAACCAACCAGAAACCCCCCUCCCCCCCACACACCUAGUAAUCCUAAAUGAAAAUCUUUCUAGAAGUAUUUUCACUGUGUGAACUUACCUUCCUGCAGCCUCUCCCAUCGCAGGUCUUUUUGCCCUCAGGAGGGAGGGUGGCAGGUAAUCCUGGCUCAUGCCCCAGAAGCUCCCAUUGCCCUCUCCCCUAUCUAUGAGGUCACAGUCGCUGUUGGCUUUAGAAAGACUUGGGCUUGCCUUCUUUCUCUGUAAGAGACACUUUAUUAUAUAUCAUAAUAUCAUGUAAGGACCAAGGAAACUCUUUUCAAUCCAUGAGCAGGGAGAGUCUGUGUGUCUGAGACUGGAGAGCAAGAGUUUCCUCUGGGCGUGCCUGUUUCACAUCACUCUCCCUGUCAGGAUCUAUGUGUGCUUCCAUCUCACACAUCAUCUACUACCAUCAUAUGGCCUGCUUAUGCUCCAAAGCACUGUUUUCUUUCAGCAGUAGAAGUUAAACCAGAAAUGUGUGCCUCAUCAAAGCCCUCAGGUCCCCGGGAAAAUACAGGAAAGUUCCCUGUUGCAGUCCUCCAAGAUACACCCAACACCAGUGUCCUGAGGAAUGAUGGCAGGGAGGUCGCCCUGGCAAGGAUGCAUAGCAGACAAUGCCCUUGCUGAGCCUUCCCCUAAAGUUGCAGCUGGAGUUGGUUUGAUUAGUUAGGGCUAGCCAUGUGAGGUGUGUGGUGCUACAGAUCACGUCAGACCUAUGCUGCCCUGACCAGUGUGCAGCUGCAGCUAAGGGAACAAAAAGGUGUAGCCCAGGAGCAGACAGGAGAUGCCCUGGGAGGAAAGAGAACACAGGGUAGGUGCCCUUUCUGCUGUGACUUGACUCUUAAAAGAAACCCUCUAAAAAGAAUUCUUUAAUUUAGUAAUGAGUUGAAGUCCAGGGUAAUGGAAGCUCUAGGGAAGAGAACAAAAGAAUUGCAAAAUGUAUUCAGUACCCAACAAUACCAAACCAGAAAGCAUCCAAUCACAAAGCUAGGAAGUUUGGCAAGAGGCACUUAGGGAAACCUCCAGUCUUUUCCAUGGGUAGGGUCCGCAGACUUUCUUUUGAGUGAUUUCUGGCUCGGAGAAACCUCUUUACUCACUAGAAAAGAACUUUGUUUAAAUGGCCAAUUUUGUCCCCCAGGAGGGGAGAAAGAAUUUUUUUUUUAAAGACAGAAAAGAAAAAUAGGACACUAAAGACAGAACCAUGUGAGUUGGUGACAAACAAAAGAAAGGGGACACUAGAAUUUCAAUAGACUCCCCAUUGGAUAGAUUAAAAAAAAAAGCAAAGCUACCCAAGGGCCCCCCAGCUCCAGACUCCCUUCUGGGAGGGGACCGUGCUUGAGCUGACCCAGCUGCUGGCUUUCUGGGGCUGGACAUAAACUUCCCAACUGGGACCCUGGCAACUUUCAUUCUGUGUUUUCAUAAGGAAAAGGGACUGUUCUCUUAAAUGCCCUGGAAAUAGGUAGUGGCAUGGGGCAAACUUUCAAACCCACCUCUGCUCUGGUGCUCAGGAUGCCCCAGGAGCUCGUGAAAAUACUUAAAUAUUCCCAAGGGCUUUGUGUGUGGAGUUAUCAUUUCCAAUGCACCUUAACCAUCCACCUGUGCUGACUGCGUUUCUGUAAAACUGCACAAUUACUAACCCAAAGCAUCAUCGUUUCUAGCCCUGAGUAGCAAGAUGAUCAACCCAGGCAAACUAGCCCACGGAGUUCUUUACGUUUCUCAAGAUGCUUUUCUGCUUGAACACUGAAUCCACAGCAGGAAGAGAUGUGCAUUAUCCGGUGCUCAGAGUGCCCUUGGGGCUGUAGAGCUAGGCUCCAUUCUCUCUAAGGUGAACAAGCAAAAUGGAGGCUUGCAAGGCGUAAGAUUUUUUUCAAAACUGUAUGUCUCCUCCUCAUGAAAGGAAGACUAGAAAAGGCCCAGGACUGGAGCAAGAGUCUUAACAUAUGGCUUACUGACAGCUGCCCUUUCCCCAGAGUUUCUUUAGGGCCCAACUAUGCUCCACUGACUACUGGCAUAACCCCAGCUAAGAAACUUACACAAAAAACAUUGGGUUGUAGGAUUAUGGCCUUAAGUUAGAAACCCUGGAGGAAAGCAGACGACACACACACACACACACACACACACACACACACACACACACACAGAAAAUGAAAGACUGUGAAGAUAGGGACAUUUCUUGGUUUGUAAUGGAUUCAUAAUCACAAAAAUAAGCUCUAUUCAUGACUGAAGACUAUGGAAUCAGUGACUUCCUGGGAGGCACCAAACUUGUAGGGGAACCAGCUGCUUUCAGGAAGCAGCUAUUUCCUGUCUGCUCCGUUUCUUUGAUAGGUCGAGGCUGAAUGUAAAAUAACCGUGUUGCUAGGUAGCAAGUCCUGUUAAACAUAAGCACAGGUGCCUGGAUGGCUCUUAAAUGUCUCCUUAACAGGGAGCCCAAAUCUCAAAAUACAGCUUUCUCUCUCUACAGAGAUCGUAUCAAUACAGACUGCUCUCUGUCCCACCUCAGUUUUGAGGUGCAUUGGGUUUGUCUUGUGAGCUCUUGUUUAAAUACAAAAUCAAAACUUUUACAUCUUUAAUGGAGACGAAUAAUCUGCAGAUCAUAGACAAACUCUAGCCCUAGUCAUGAAAUCCUAGCUUCAGCAGUGCCUGAAAACAGUCCAGGUCUCUCCUUGGAUCUCUUUCAGACUGAGAAGUUUCUUGAUUCAGAGUGCUUACAUGAUCCUGAUAGUCCUAAGGCACAGAGAAAAAGAACCCCACAGAAGACAUCUGCUUCUACUGCUGUUGCGACAGUUGUUAUAGCCCAAAGCAUAACUGUCAUUUGCACACAGAUGCUAAUAACAAAAGUGGCUUAACCCAUCCAGUUUGUCACAGCUGCUGUCCAGAAUGUCUGUCUGUGAGUGCACCUUAUCCAUGUGCACACAUGGUGUGAGGUGCUUGUACCACAAAACUUCAUUCAUAUUCUCCAGUGACAGCAGCAUACUCUUGAGAAUUUCCAGCUAGAGUCAAAGGCCUGACACCAUGCAUAUCCCUGCUUUCUGCUUCGUUACCUUGGUUGGGUGUGUCGCUGUUUGUGAGGAGGCUUUACAGCAUUCAGAAGUAGCCCAACCAUCAGUAGUUUGUGUAUAGCCCCUUGAGGAAAAACUUGAACAAAUGCUACACUUCUGUGGAUUUACUGGUGAAUGUGUGUGUGUUUGUGUACGCACAUGUGUGUGCACAUGACCUGCAUCUUUGUAUGUUUAUGUAUAUUUAUGUUGUCUGAGUGUGUGUGUAUCUCUCAAACGAAGCACACACGGCAGAGUUCCUGGUGCGUAGAUACAGUUGCCUCUUCUACCAGUGUGCUCAGACUCAUGGCUUUCUUCCCAGGAAGCAGUCACCUGCCCACUCUGUUGCUUUUUGUAGCAUUUCAGAGUUGGGAGAAACAAAGGCAGCUUGUUGGCUCCACAGCAAACCCACAGGGACAGGCUGUUUUUCUCCAGAAGAGGAUGGAGUACACACACUCAACCAGAAGCAGACCAGAGGGAGCCAUCCAGGCAACCUCACAGGACUCCCAGAGAGGACCUAGCCAGGCAGGUGACUCCCAAAUAUCCCAGGAUUAAGUCGGAGCUCAAAGACUAUUCCUGUCCUCUCUGGAACCUUCGAGGCUUUAGAGAAGGAACAUGGUCUACAGAUCAUAGAUAAGUCUAGCCCCAGGGAUGAAGACCCAGCUCCCAGCCAGUGCACACACUCACACACAGGAACCAUGUGGGAGUCCUACUCCCAAACUGAAGUUCCCGGAUGCUGCCUGCACCUCUAGAACAUCACUACCAUUCACAGGCUGUGUCUCCUGAAACCAGUGUGGCCUUCACCCAAGUCUUUCUAGGCAUGGGUGGUUUACCAUGUCUAGCAAACCAAUAGAAUAUCAGGGAGUAUCUUGUGGGCAAUCUAUAAGAAUCAGUGGCUCUUGCCCAUGUCAGACAUUAAAGUAGAAUGCUACUCUAGCAUAAUAUACUGAAUGACUGGACUUAGCUUUCAUAGGUAACUCUUGAUGGCUUGGUGACCUGGAAACAGAUGGAUUUUGUUUUCUCAUUCCCACGCCUCUCUUUUACUAAACAGUCCCUUCCUUCCCUCCUCCCUUCCUUCGUUUCAAUAUAUAGAUUAUUUCUGCCUUACAGAAUUCAGAGGACUUUUAAUUCCUCUUGUGUUUUUGCGACAUUUUCCCUUCCCCCAUGCAGUAAGGCUACGUAAUUACCAUUGCAACUAUUUUUUGUUUAUUAUUUUUAAAAUGUAUAUUGUCUUUCUGUAUCCAAAAGAAGUCUGUGACCAUAACCACAGGAAUUUCUUUUUACUGGAAAAAAGUUCAUUUCUUGGUUUUUUUUUUGUUUGUUUUUCUUGUUUUAAUUAACAGUACUAGUGACUUUGUGGAAGACUAGGGUUACUAGUUAGGCAUGCUUACUUACGUACAAUACACUACAUUGCAGUGUUUCUGAAACCUAGAACAUACAGAUUAUAUAUAACAGCUCUAUAUUGAAGUAUAUUACAUUAUAUUCAUUUUAACUUUGAAUCUGCCAUAUGAUCAUCAGUUGAUUGAAAUAUUAUUUCUUCACAUAUAUCACCCAUCACCACCUGCUGCAGUUAAUCUGGUGCAUUUAAUGCUCUCAUUUGCCUUUUAUAUUAUCAGCUUCAGUAUUGUCUUUAUAACAUUUUAGAAUUUUUUUUUAAAGCUCAGACAUAGCACACGUAGUAAAGUAAAAACUGCUUAAACUUUUUAAAAAGUUUAUAUUGCACGUGAUCGUGUUUAGCUGGCCCUGUUAACAUCUGAAGAACAACGGAAGUGCAUAUAACAUAUCUGUGAUCUUCCCGUAUAGAACUGCCAUCAUCUAUAUUUGCUUCAGAAGAGUAUAACCAAGGAGCUGCAUGUCCACCACAUGAUCUGACCAAUUGUAAUAAGCUGCAUUUCCAAAGGGCUGCUUUGGUGAGACGCAAAGACAGGAACAUGCCUUCCUUCCUGUCCCAACUGUAUCUUCAAACAUUGGCUCUCAGUAUUGAUCAUACAGGGUCUGCUCUCUCUUUUCACUGUGCUUGUUUUCAUUAGUCUUCAGCAUUUCCCUGGAGGCAUCUUGGCAAUAAUACACUGUUGAUUUUCCCUAAGAGACUUAUUUUAAAGUAAAACCACAUUUCUAGGAACUUUCUAUUGACAGAACUCGAAAACAUAUAUGACAUUCUCAGCCUUCGGAAUCUGUAAGUAGGUGGUGCUUGGUUACCUGGCCCUCGGCAUCUCUACUUGCUUUCUUCUUUAGUCAGGCCACCAUGGAGCACUCAGAGCUCAGACAGCCCAUCUUCUAACAGAAACACUUGCAGGUGGUUUUCUAAGGAGCUUUCUUCAGCUGUCCCAGCUCUCCCACUGCAAGCCUGGAAGUCAGAAUCAAGCUAGCCAAACAUGGUCUCAUUCUCCACAUUCUAUGUUCAGGACCAAGUGGUGACAGCAUUGAUAAAUCUCAGUAGGACCCCCACACACACACACAAUGGACCAAUAUUUAGGCUUUUCGGUGUGAACAUAUCACUCUCUCCUUCAAUCUUCCCUUGUCAAUCAUUAUCUUCAAGUCUCAUCACGUUCUGCUGUGCCUAUCCAGUGUGUCUCUUGCCCCCAACCCAUCCAAACUCUCCUCAGCAUCCUCCACUUGUAAAGCUUGACAUUCAUUAAGGAACUUUCCAUUCCCAGUCUCCUUUGAUGAUGCUAAACCAGAGUCUACUAGGAAACUACUUAUGUAGCAUCUAUUCUCAACGAAAGGAGUGGCAGAGGGAAAGCGUGAGUGUGAACUGCGUGGUAGGCUGGCCCUUUGGUGAUCAGGCACAGGGUAGAUGGUCCCAACUCCAUUAUUCUUGCUUUCUCUUUCUUACCAAAAUUUUUCUCAUUUCUUGUUUCCUUUUAAAGAUAACUACGUGCUACCCAAUCAUCUCUUCACUUCCCCACCCCUGAAAAUCUUACAUUAUGAUCCCUGACUGUUCGUGAAUUUCUCCUACCACUCUCCUUAGCAUCUUUCUUUAAAUGAGUUCAUAAACUUGAGGCUUGUAGGUAGAAGGAAGCAUGUCUUCGUUUCAGCUGCAGAUUUUAAAGGUUGUCAGUAUCUGAGAGCAGGAGGGCCUGAGUCACAGUUUUAAAUGUCAGCUGUACUAGAUGAGAUCAUUAAUUCCUCUCACCUUUGCAUUAAACCAAAGAUAAGUAUUUUCUUUUCUUUCCUCUUUUAAUACCACAGUUUUCAAAUUCUUGGUAUGAGUAGACGAUUUCUGAGGGAGGAAAAAAAAAAAACCUCCCUUGUUGAUUAUUUCUGCUUGUGCUAAUAUUUAGCUAAUGGCAUGUUUGCCAGAUACUAGAUUUACAAGAAUCUGAAUCAAGAGAUAUCAUUUCAAAAUAACUUUGGUAGCUAUUCAAGCCAAAAGCCACUUCCACUCAAACACACUGUAAGAAAAGUUUGAGAGAAUUUUUUCAUGUAUUACACUUUGAAAAGCCAAAUAUUUGUUGGUCUGAAGCAUUGAGGGAUAAUUUAUUAAAGAAUAAAAGGAUUUAUGAAGUUUAUCAAAUGCCUGUUUUACAACAAAAAUUGAUAUAAACCUCAUAAGUGUUAAAAAACAAAACCAAGACUAAAUGGGUACUAUAUUAAAUUUUAAGUACAGUACUCAGUUUAUAAAUACAUACUAUAUUAUUUGGCCACAAUUCUAGAGUUCAUUCCAGUUAUAGCUGUCUGGUCUCCAGAACACUGGUGAAGAAGACUGAAGUCACUGUGGGUGUCUACCUUUGGGGAUCCUGCAGUGUCCUUUCACAGUGACCCUUUAGCACAAUGCCUGACUCUCUGUGUGCUGCCUCUUUAUCUCUCUGCUCAUAUGAAGAUGGAGAGUCUAAGACACAAUUUGGAGUACACAGACACUCACUUCUUGCUCUACCUUGACACUCAAAAUCCACACUUCAUAUGAAAAAAUGUAUUGUUGCUUGACUUAAGGCUUGAUCCAGACUUUGACUUAAACCACUUUAUAGCAUCAGUUCCCACAUAGAGCAAUGAGAUAAAUGUCAAGUUCAAAAGCCUCACUAAGGUAGGCAUCUAUCUAUCUUAGGCCAAUGUUUGAAUCGCUUUUCCUUCCUAUAUCCUCCCACCGAGUUUUACCCUCGCUUCUUUCUUCUUCCAUUUGGGCUCCUGCCAUCUCUUUUGAAAGCAUUCUGUAUCUAAAGCUCUCUUGCCCUCUGGCAUUGCCUUCUGAAGGCGUAGAAGACUUUUCUGAAUCACCAAACACUAUCAUCUCAAGUACACUGUGGAAUGGGAGAGAGCUGGGUCAGGAAGAUCUCUGUUGGUCCAGUUGAUCCAGGCUGCCUUCUGGUCAUUGUUCCUUCAAGCUCUCAAAUCAACCCAACCCUGAGAUCCAGAAUUUCUCACCACAACCUCUUAAGUCCCAGAUGAAUGUCUAAAUCCUGUUUAAUAUUCUAGAGGCUCAAGGGUGUGAAUUCUUCUUGCUCAUGAGCCUCCUGUUUUUGUAAGCUGACACCUGUCAAGAGCACCAACAGCCUGAACAAUAACUAAUGCAGCAAAAAUAAUGGUCAGAAACACUAUAGUAUAUAUUUGAGAGAUUAGGAAGUGAUUUUUUCUUCUUUUAUCCAUUAAAAAAACACACACACACACACAAAACAAAACAAAAAACAGCGUGCAUACCCCCUCCCCAACACAUUUCAGAAAACCUACAUCUCAUUUUACAGUUAGAUAGUUUUAGUUUUUGUGAAUAUAGAUUAGGAAAUGUUCUGGAAUUGAAGCUGGUAGCAAACACGUUUCUUUUCUGCACUGGACAUUAGGACAUGUGUGCAUGGAUGCGAUUCCUUCAAAGAAAGUGAAACAUGGCAAAGCAAAGGGACAAUACUUUCACACAUUAAAACAGUUGUCUGCUAUCUGUAAACCUUGAUUUAAGCAUAAUUAUAACUUCAUAGAAAUCUGAAACUGGAGGAAUGUGUAUUUUAUAGUUUGUUUGUUGAUUUGUUUUCCUUUAUGUCUGUCUUCUCAAGCUAGGGAGAUAUUUUGAUUCUCUGAUUUGAUGCUUUCCCCGUGUGUCAGGCGACUGCCCUCUACCCCAGAGUAGUCUUCUGCCCCUUAGAGAAGCCUUCAGUUUUCCAUCAAGCAAGGGGUCAUUUCUCAUGCAAGUCUCACCUUCCUUUUCUGCUGUUACUUAGAGCUUUGAGAAUGAAAUCAUUUCUGCACUUUGGGGAUUGGAAUAGUUAAAACAGAGCAUAGUCCUUGGAGGAAAAACUAUCUUUACCUGAACUGACAGGUCUGGGGCCAAAGAAUGGAGCCAACCACUGAUGAAAGUCAUUGAUUUUAUACUUCAGAUCAUCACGGCCUCCUCAAAUCCUUUUUGGAAUAAAGCUGGGGACAAAUUUCUUUUCUUUUCUUUUCUUUUCUUUUCUUUUCUUUUCUUUUCUUUUCUUUUCUUUUCUUUUCUUUUCUUUUCUUUUCUUUGGAUGUUUCUUGUGAGUAUCCAGGACAGAAUUCCCAAAAAGGAAAAGGAAGACGCAUUAGUAAAAAUACUCACGGCAUCUGAUCUUCCCACUUUCACAGUAGUGGGGACUUCAGUCAUGGCCACUUUAAGCUCUCUAUGGUCCUAUGGUCAUGGACAUGGCAACAUCCACUUCCACCUCACUCCUAAGGCCCCUCCCUGGCACGGAGAUGGUAGUAAGUAGGACAUCUCCAGGCUGCCAGCACUCACCUAUCCAUGCCUAGCAACACAAAAGAGGAAAACAGCAAAUUAACACUGGGAAAGGGGUCGUAGUCCCUUGUCAAAGCAUGCUCUGUACAGCUCAGCUUAGCUUACAGAUAGCUUGGCAACCUUUUUAUAACCUGGCUUUUGUGCUAUAAUUUACAUUUUUGGCUCAAAUUUGGGAAAUAAAUGCAAUUUCAGUUAAGGGAACAGAAGGGAAGUGGGGUGGGGGAUGGCAUAACUCAAUGGACCCAAAUAGAAUUCAAUUCUAAAAUCCUAAAACCCAUUCUCAGGAUUACCAAAGAAUGAUCUCACUGGUCCUGUCAGGGUUCCUCAUGUCUCUGUGUGAUGGGUCUGAGAAUUAACACAACUAUAUUCCUUUGUGAUUCAUGGCUUCUCUCCAUCUAUCCUGACUAUCUGAAGAGGUUAUAGAAAUUCUUGGCUGCUCUGCUCCUUAUCUGCCCUCCAGGAAGCAUGUGAUGUAUGCAUCCAGAUGACCAAAACCAAACUAGGGCUUUGAUAAGGUUUUGCAAUAGGCUGAAGUGCUUCAGCUCACAGCUAGGGAACCUUUAAAAACAAAGCUAGCUAUUUUACUCUUUGCUCUUCAUGGAAUACAUCUUGGCUUGAAGUCAGCAAUAAAGUCAGGAGAAGGUUCCCAAAGAUGCUUGAGCAGUUAAAUUUCAUCCUUGCUCCCAUUGAUUUAGACUUCAGGUUUCGAGAAGAGCCUAUUGAAGUGUACAUUAAGGAUAAUUUGCUUAGGCAUAUGUAAUUAAGAUUCAUCUUUGCACCAUUGUUGAAAGAAUCGCGGUUGUUAGAGUAGAUGAGCACGGAGUCUCUCAGAAAUCCACACCCAUCACAGCAAACAGGUAAGAAGCUGAUGACAGAGAACAUCUAAAUUGCUUUGUUUUAAAAAGCCCCAGGAUGCCAAACAUCCCUCUUCCUUUCUGUUCUCCUCAAGCUCCAGCGGGAGUGUGGGUGUGAGCAGUAAGGCAGAUUCACAUGUGCAGAGGGAGGGUUCAGACCCGAUGAAGGGACAGACCUGGAGGUCACCAUCAAGUGCUCCUCCAGAGUCACUCACGCAACCACAUCCCAAACUGACUGUCAGCCUGCAGAAGAAGUCUGUAAGGAAUCCAACUACCGAUGCAGAGUCUGCAUCCUAGUGUAAUAAUUCACUUUGUAUCUAAUACUUCUACCUUUCUGCAUGGAGUUAUUUGUGCCAACUCUAAAGCCCAUCAUUCGGAGGGAGGCCUUGGAAAACGUCUUUGUAUGUGGAUUUGGAUCUGUAUCUUUGUAGUCAGGCAAACAAAACAAACAAUCAAAAAAAAUAUGGAAGAAUGGCAGGAGGGAAAGAGAACCAUCUAGAAGGUAGACCCCUCGAUGUCAUGAAAGGUGGCUGUUGCUUGUAGUCUUUGAAGAACAGCUGAUUCUGCUACUCACAAAGAAGGGCCCAGGACUGCUAAAUGUAGGACCGAGUUUAGGAGACAGGAAAGCUUGCUCUCUUCCUCCCAUCCCUAUCUCCCUUAGCACCAGUCAGCUGGCAAGAUAAAGUCACUAAGAAGCACUACUGACCUUGCAUUGAAUUGAUGUUUCCCUCCUCUAACUUUGGUUUCAACUCAACUGUAGGCCUUCCUUUUCUGCCUACUGGCUUCAUAUUUUACAGAAUAACACAGAGGUCCAAGCUGGUUGUUUAUCUCCUUUGAGCUGAAACAAACAGGGGCCACAGAGAGGUGAGUCACGGACGUUUGAGCCAAGGCCUGCUUCCACUUUUGUAGCUCACCUUCAAGAGCUGUUCAUGGCUGACUUUGAGUCUGUAAUUGUUUUGUUGGUGGUGGUGGUGGUGGUGGUUUUUUUUCUUAGUUGUUUUUUUGUUUCGUUUGUAGGGUCUUCCCCCCUCCCCCUUCUUUGUCGUUUUGUUUUGUUUGCACUAAGCGUGACUGCAAUGUGUUGCACUACUGAGCUGUAUUGAGUCGUGACAGGAGAGUGUGUUAGGGAAGGGAAGAAGAACAAGCUAGGAGAGCACCACAGAGGAGGAAGUUCUUUCUGCUAUUAUUUCUCACAGAGGGAGUGAGAAUCUGUGAAAUUUUUGCCAACUCUUGAUCAAGUCUAGAGAACUGCUAAGCUGGAAAAGAACCAUUUUCUUAUUGUCUGGCAGUGGGUUAGUACAGCAAGUGGAAGAUAUUUCAGAAGAAACUUAUCCAAUUUUGUUUCCAACUCAGCUUACAAUAAGAGUGAGGAAGCUGGCUGAUGUGACAUGAAAUCUUCAUCUUGGCUCACAAGAAGACAGAAACUCCCCCACUACAGCAUAUCCCAGUGUGCCUGGGGUUAUAGUGUCUGUGUUCAGAUAUCCUGUCACUCUGAGCAUACUUUUCUAUCGUGGUAAGACCUAGAUCUCUGGGUAACCAAAGAGGAAGGCCAUGCAUGUGGUAGAGCCCUGUGAGGUGGCAUAAGGGAACAGUGCAAUAAACACUGCCCGCCAUGAGGGGAAAGGCUUAUUCUGACACAGGGUAGGCCAACUGGAAAACUGGAGAAAGGGUUGGACGUCUCCUCAGAGUCCACAAGCUGCUCCAUCCUAGACCAUCCUUAAGCAGAGACCUUGAUAUAGUGCCUAAAAGUUAAAAGUUGUUGCUCCCCCACCCAACUUUUCUGUGUUCCAUUUACAUUUAUUGCCUUUUUAAAGCUUAGAAGCAGUCGGGGUUUGACAGCGCUUUCGUAAUUACUGAUGAGAGGAUCUUGUGCUACCGGAAGAGCAAUAGACUGUGUGGUGACUCAAACAAGUGUGGGGAUGCUAGGGGCUCCUCCAGAGUUCCGGAUGACAGCUCUUGGAAACUCUUGUUUGCUAAGAAUCAGAGCCCUUGUAAACAGCUAAUGUUGAGUUUCUUUGAGCCCUGUCCUACCUGAGGGGAUCUGUCUGGAAAGCUUCCAUUUCAGGCCUCUUUAGCAAAGUAUCCAUCUGAUGCUCUCUCCUUCCUCCUUAUGACAGGUCUCAUUCUACUUUCCCAUGUCAGAGUUUCUUUUUAUAGAUACAGAAGUGCCAGCCUUGCUAGUUUAACCCUACAGAGACCAUUCAGAACUAACUUAAGCAGCAACUUAGGAGAACUCAAAGUAUUAUCUGUAUUUCAAGCAGGCUCCUGAAUCAGAUCUCAUAGCAGAUGCCUGGGAAUUCGUGGUGGGGAAGCACUAACAGGACAUGGAGACACCCAACCAAAGCUAUGAGAGGAAACAAUUGACUUUUAGAACAGUCUCACCUUAACUUUCCUUGAGGCACUGGGGACAAGUUUUUCUUGAGACUUGCACAUCCACCCCAGUUCCUUCACCAAAGAUUUUCUUCUCCAGAGCCCAGCCUCCUUUCUCCCAGGCAGAAGUACCAUAACAGGCCUGAGGGUAUCCUUGCAGUGGUCCACAGAGUUCAUCUUCUGUUCACAUGGGUAUUUACAGACCUUGUAGUAGAAGGGUUUCCAAACAGUCUGUAUGAAAAAAAUACAUAGUACUACUUGGUACUGGGAGCUUUGUGAGACUCAUCUGUAGCCUGGAGGCUUGUAGACAGAAAUGUCCAUGGACGGGAGAGUGCUAAGUCAUUUGGAGCCAAACAGGACCGCUGGUGAGAGGAUCAUUGGGCAGUACGAGUCAAGAGCAGAUCAAGGCUCUGAGUGCCCAGGCCCAAUGGCAGUGGCCUAUGAGGAUGUUAGACAACACAUCAAUGGAGUCACAUACUGAGAAGCUAAAGUGUGGGCUUUGCUGUGAUGGCUGACAUUGUUGAAAUGUUCGUGCCACAGCAAGGGAACUACUUGGAAGUAGAUCUGUUGUGAUAGUGCCUUCUUGUUGUAGCAAGUCAUUUAUUCAGUUAGGCUUUUCUGGACCAUUGCCCCCGUCUUCUGAAGAGGUCUGAGAUGAAGGGAUAGGACACUGCCCCUGAUAUGCUGUGAUUUGAAGAUAUUUGCACUAGAUUCUAUCCUCUCCUUUAAACUGGAGCAACUGAAUGAGAGGGGAAAAAUUAACAAGGACAGCUCAAAGUUAAAAGAAACCCAAAGUAAUGUGUUCUGAUAACAUUAUCUCCCCCUCACUGCUACAUCCCCCCCGCCCCCGCGCGCCCCGCCCUUCCUCCUUCCCUCCUAGAUCUACUUUUUUCCUUCCUCUUAAAGGAAACUUCACAUUUUCUUAUUACCAAAUCCAACAAUUACUUCUCUUUGUUUCUCCCCAGCACUGAAUCAUAAGUUCAUUAAUCACUCAUCAGCUAGGAAUAUCUAGUAAAGAGCCUCUGCCCUGACAAUGUUGCUGGCCUUCUCUUGUCCAUCACGGGUGAACAACAAUGGGUAAUAGGGAGACUAGACUGGCCCAGCUCUUAUGGAAGCCAGAGUCUGGAUUUCACACCUAUAAGGAGAUGACACCUAUUUACCCAGAACACAUAGUCUGCAGCUCAUCCUAAAGGACCCUUAGGAACAAAAGGAAGUUACUGUGUUACAGCAAACAGAUGCAGGUAGUACCCAAAGUUUACCUGUCUCUUCUCUCUCCUCUUUUCCGUCUUACUGCCAUGUCCUCUCAACCAGACCUAAACUUCAUCUCAUGAAUGUCACCAGAAGAACUAUUUGACUCCUUGGCUUCUCUCUUUUUCAGUAGGCUGGUAGCUCUUUCAAAAUUAAAACCAAGCAAAUACUAUUAGUGGCUAGCCCCCUGAGGGCCGAACAAUUUCCCAAGUGUCUUGAUGAUCCCAAUAUCUUGAUAAUCAGCUCUGAUAACUUGGAAUUUUUGGCUGGCUCAGACAUCUGUCAACUUUAUUUUCAUUUUGUCUCCAUUUCCAUUUGAAUUUUAAGUGAGAGUGGAAAGGUAGAAUCAUGGGAAAGAUUGUGAGGCUGCAAUUCUAGGGUAGAGUUUGUCAGAAGUUUGUAUUAUCCCAAAUAGAAAUUUCUAUACUUACUUUCAAUUUAAUGUUACCCUGAAUAUAAUUUCUAUUACAUUUAUUGUUAUUUUUAUAAAAUAGAGUCCAGUUACUAUGUCUAGUUGAGUACUCUCUUUUCUAUUUUCCCACAUGGAUGCAGUACCAACCUGUUCCCUAAAUAUCUUUUUAUUAUAUUGUUAAUAUGUAAUUCUACUGUAGACCAAAAAUAUAAAAACAAAUUCGCUCAUUUUAAACAUAUACAGACUCUAGUGAGUAAAGAUGAGGAGAAAAGACCAGAGAGCAGUGGUUGACUAUGUUGUUAGAAAUCAAAGAGUAGCCUUACCUAUUUUUAACCAGUGCUUGCCGUCACACCAUAGUUAGGAUUGUGUUAGCAUGGCUUCUACAUGCUUACGUUCUGCAAGCCUUGUCUGUCUGUUUCCUUUGAUGUGUUCGAGGUUGCACAAUGAUGCUAUUGUUUUUUCUUUUGGUAAUGCCUGAUCUUAUUAUAAUGUACUUUAUCAGUCAUUUCCUUUAGAAGAAUGAGGGGGAAAGUUUUAUUUCUUCUUUUAAUUUAAAUUUUGUUUAAUGCACUGGAAAUAAAAUUGGACACAUUUCACUGUUUAAAAAUCAGAAACGAAACAAAACAAAACCCCGAAGAAAAAACCAGCAAACAAGUAAGUAACAGGAUACAAAAAAAAAAAGCUAUGAAAAAUAUUCUGUUCACGCAAAGUAUACCUAUAAGCUAUAUCUCACAUGAGAGAUAAAUACUGUCAAGUAAAAAAAAGACAGUGUCAACUACAGUGCUGAAAACUACAAGAGGAACCUAGGUGUACAGUGUGUGGGGAAAACUGCCAAUCCUUUCUGAGGCGAGAUCUUUCCAUUGUUCCAAUAAAAACCUAAGCAAGUUGAAUGUGGAAGAGGGUCAGUAGGGAGCACCCCACCUACUUUACACCAGUGGACCUCUGAGUUACUUUCUAUCAUGGGUCUCAGCCACACGCACGCACGCACGCACGCACUCAUGUGCACACACUCAAUACUUGAGAAGGAUUUGUGAAAAUGUACGUACCCAGUACACAGAUGUACACAGUGCUCUGACAGCCCUCAAGCUCUUCUGAGGCUUAGCAGUGAUGGGCCCACAACAUGGAAUACUGAAAGGUAUUCACUGAGAUCUACGUGUGCUAAUAAAGUGCUUGAAGCCAGCCUGGUCUCUUCCCCAGCAUCCCCUAGUACAAGGCCAGCUGCCACGCACACAUGGUCAGAGAAAGGCGAGACACCCGUUACUUCUCCUAGCCAACUGGCUCAUUAUUAUUUGCUGAAUAUUUGCUGGAUUUUUCUGGUUUUGUUCUGUUUUAGAAUGGGGUGGGAGUGGAUGUUAUGUCACAAUCCUAAUACAGUAAAGUUUUGCAUCUUCCAUAUCUUAUGCAAAAACAGACAUUUAAAUCAAUAAAUAGUUGUGCCCUAGACUGAAAGUUAAUGUUUAGGAGAGGGAAAAAUUGUUGGAAUUUUUUCUACAUUUUUUUGUGAAGAAUCUUUUUUGGAAAGGAAGGAUACAUAUUUUUGUUGUGUAAUAUUUUCUAUUUUUGAAUGCAUUUUAUUGGUACAAGACUGUUUUUUUGGUGAAGACAUUAUUUAAAAAAAGAAAAAAAGAAAAAAACUAAUCGAAAAGUUUGCCCUUAAGGAUAUGCUGCAGUUUUGAGAUUAAAAAAAUAAUAACUGAUUCAAGAUGCGUGUUAAAAGUUGGGAUUAUAUUGUUGUUUUUGUAAUUGUUACAAGAAGAAGUUUGUACCCACUGCUGUUUAUUUUGUUUCAGAUGAGUAAGUAAAGGGAUUGUUCUUGUUUUAUUCUUUUUUUAGAGAAAAAAGCUAUUUAUGAAAUGUCAAAAACACUGGACUGUGAGUUUAAGUGUGGAAGCAUUUUACCACCCUGUGUCUUCAACCAAUUAUGGGAAACCUUUUCUCUCCCCCCCUGCCUUAGCCUUGCCAAAUGAGGAAAACAUAACAGCUCUCAGAUGACGGAAGUCACCGAAGCCCUGCUUUAAUUUUUAUGGUCUGAAAAAGUCGGAAAACCAAAGUUAAAUUUGUUUCUGAAAUCCCGCUGUCUAUAGCCCCUUUUUUGUAUAACACAGCCGGCUGGCUCUGCCUCUCUAUCUUGGAUCAUUGCCUUCUUAGGAACGUGGGGCCAGCUCUGCCAAGAGGUGUGAAGGUGGCGAGGUCACAGGAAGUGAGGUGUGAGAGGGACCCCCAGGGCCCCGGAGCUUCUCCAUCCAGAGGCGAGGCUGCCAAGAGCACACACAGCUAACAGUGCCUGGCGGGGUCGCCCCUGUCCCCCUCACCUUCUGCUUCGAAGAUCCUCCAGUUACCGUGGCUCUGCCUUUCUCAGCAGCCCACGUUCCGUGGAUGGGAGGGGGUGGGAUCCAAGCAGAAAACAUGGCUGUGGGCGCUGCGAAGGCCCCGGCCCUCAGGAGGUAAAGCAAGGGACCACUCAGCACAAGGGCUCUUGCUGCCCGCCUCCUCUUUGACUCUGUGGAUCGUCCAUCCAUCUGCUCACUGUGAAGAUGGAGAGGCAGUGCGCCCUGAGGCUGUUCAAUAGCUUUUCCAUAUUUUUUCAACAUUGAAAAAAUAAUUUUUAAAAACUGUGAUAUUUUUUAAAAAAAUCAUUUGGCUGGAGGGAAGGGAAAAGGGAAACACCAAAAGCUGUAACAUGAUUAACUGGAGAUAUUUAUAACUGGGGCACUUUCCAGACCAAGACGUUGUUUUCUGGACCCGAAAGCAGCCAAAUUUUAAGACUGUCAGUGACAAAAAGCUGAAGAGAGGCCUCCAUUUCCCCUCCUUUCUUCUUUCUGUCUCAAACUCUCUCAUUUUCUCUUCUAGCUUCUCUUGGUAACUGUCCAAUGGACUUCAUACUUCAUGCAAAAUCCCGCGCAUGCGCGCGUGUGCACACAUACACACACACACACACACACACACACACACAAGCAAAAAAAAAAAAAAACUAUUUUUCUUAAGGAUUGUGGGACUAAAUUUAAAGUCAUGUGCCUUCAUUUUUUCCCUUUUAUAGUUAAAUGAACCUCUUCCUUUUUUACAAUGUGUUGGGUUUUGUUUUGUUUUUAGUAGAAGAGGAAGGUUAAAGUGUUUGUGGAAGAAAGGAUUUAUAGGCAUCAACUGGGAGAUUUUUUUUUUUUAGCAUAUUCCCCCACUAAAUAUUAAACACAAACAUCUCACUCCCUUCACGUGGCACUGUGCACACUUAGAGCAUCAAGGAAUCAGAAUCCCGACAGCCUAAUCCACUUGAUUUUAGAGAAGUUCCUGAAAUUUCUAUUUCCUAGACUUUUUUAUUGUUCUUAUUUUAUCACAGUGAGGUGAAUGAGGCAAGUUGCCUCGUUCUCCCAACUCGGUGCUUCUGCUUGUGGGGUGGGGGUGGGGCGGGAUAGACAAGGGUGCACCCCCAAAGCUCUCUGGUGCUGAAGGGCCUCAAGGUUGAGCUUCUUUCAGAAAUGUGUAUGGCACACUCUCAAGUGCACACGUGAAUGGUGUCAUGUGCACUAUUUUUAAAGGACAAGGGAAGGGGCUCUGAAGUGGGUUUUGCUUUUUCUUGUGACAUUCGAUUUCCCUGGUGCCUUAUUCCUAUUCUAUGCUGGCACUCACUCACCCACAGGAACACACGCUGAUGUCAGCCCCAGGAGUGAGGACCUCUAGGUAACAGUUGAGCAUGUGGGGACCAUGGGGUAUUGGGGUCAGUUGGUAGGGGAGGAACUAGAUGGCUGAAAAUACGCAGGGACUGCACAAGCCCGUCACAGUCAAGAUUAGUAAUGCUCAUAUGUGAGUAUGUGCAAUACACGCACACACAAACACACACACAGACCCACACAGAGAUGCACACACUCACAAACACCAAAUACACUCUUCUUCCUCUGAACUUUGCUUCCUUCUUCAUUUCCUGUCUUUGCCUUCUCAUAAAGGUGCUGCUUGCUGCUGCUGCUGAGGUGCCCGGAGUCCAGAAUGCCCAGUAAUCACUCAGGCACAAGCCUGGCACUGCCACGUUCAGCCCUUGGCAAGACCAAACCCUGGUUUCUCUUGCCUGGGGCUGAAAACUGUCAGAUUUUUCUCAUCAAAAAAAAAAAAAAGUCAUCCAAGGCAUCAGUGGAUUAUAGUUACUCUGCAUUAAAAAUGCACUUUAAAAAUAAAUAAAAGCUCCAGACUGUUUAAAACACACAGAGGGAACAGGAGAAAGAUAAACGUGCUAGUGUCUGAACCCAGUUCAGCAUAUCUCCAGUUGAAACAGUAUACACUAUAUUAUGUAUAAAUGUAUACACACUUCUAUAUAUGUCCACAUAUAUGCGGUGUGUAUGUUAUACAGGUAUAGGUGCGUGUGUGCACACACAGGUGCACAUAGCAUAUCAAGUGUUCAUUACAAAUCCAGAUGCUCAUUUCACAAACAGCAGCAGAGGAAACAAGGUUGGACUCUUGCAGCAGAUCACAAAACAAUAAAAACAGCCACUUGCAGUGACUCUGGUCACAGCUGUAUGUUCAUAAGGAAUGGAUUGUAACAAAGGAAAACAAGGAACAGUGUUAGCAAUUGAGGAAAACUGGGACAGACCAUCUUGAUCCAAUGGGAAUGCAGUAAUGUUCUCUACCAUUUCAUCCGUUCUUUCUGUUAGUCGUGACGAUUUGAUUUUCAUUUUUGCCUAUUAAAAAUGGUUUAGAUUCAAGUGACCACAUCCAAGUGAACAAAACAACCACAGUGAAAGCCCUUUUCAGUAGGAAGAUGUCAAAAAACUCAAAACCCUUGGCCUGGCUCAGAACUACCAUGUACAAACCAGAACUCUCAACGUUUGAAAUAAAACUUUAAAACUCUUUUUGAAGCACCUUAACGUGGCCAUCCAUUUGACAAGUGGGUGCCACCUUUUUCUUUGAGCACCUUAUUGACGUAUUUUGCUAUCUGCUGUCUUCUGUUACUGUUGGCUGAAUAGCUAGCUGUUAACACACACACAUGUGCACAGACCAGACAUCUGAGCAUGCGUGUUCUCAAUGACGUUUACCGUGGUGACUGCUGGAAGGUGAACUCAUUUUCUGAUUUGCCCACCACAGUGUUGUGAUAAGACUCGAAGAAACCCUGCCCUGCACGGAAAAAUGUCCCUUAUCACGUUGUAUAUUAGGGUGGGAAGGAAUAUGGUCCCCUUUUUGCAAUUGCUACUGUGUAUACAUACACGUGCGCACACGCACACACACACACACACACACACACACUGUAUAUUCAGACCUGAUGUACACACACAAACAUAACUCAUUUGUCCGAGUGAUAUUUCAGAUGUCUCUGUGGGUGUCACACACCAUGUGCAGUUUUCCACUUCCCAGAGAAUUUUGAGUGGAGGGUAACUUUUCAGACUGAUGAACGGGGCACUGAGGAAGAGUUUGAAGUAGGAGGCAAGAAAGGAGAGAGCAUUAAGUCAAAAGAAUAAUUUCCCAAGAGGAGCUGGAGGAAUGGCUGUCCUUGCAAGUGGGUGUGGAACACUGCUGUCUCAGUCUGCACUGUAGAAAUCCAUGCACACAUCAACACACACACACACACACACACACACACACACACACACACAUCCCCCCACAGGGUGCGUGGUCUGGGAUGAGCAGGUCAAUAGUUUUGAGAGGGAGUUUGUUCCUUUUUUUUCUCUCAUUAUACUCUUGUUGUCAGUUAUUAAACAAACAAACAGAAAAAAUUGUUUUUGAAAAACCUUGCGUACGCCUUUUCUAUCAAGUGCUUUAAAAUAUAGACUAAAUACACACAUCCUGCCAGUUUUUCUUACAGUGACAGUACCCUUACCUGCCAUUUAAUAUUAGCCUCGUAUUUUUCUCACGUAUAUUUACCUGUGACUUGUAUUUGUUAUUUAAACAGGAAAAAAAUUUCAAAAAAAGAAAAAUUAACUGUAGCGCUUCAUUAUACUAUUAUAUUAUUAUUAUUGUGACAUUUUGGAAUACUGUGAAGUUUUAUCUCUUGCAUAUACUUUAUACAGAAGUAUUACGCCUUAAAAAUACGAAAAUAAAUUUUACAAGGUUUCUGUUUUGUGUGGAAGAGUAAUUGAUGUUGCUAAGAAUGAUGUUUGUUUUUUGGGGUUUUUGUUGUUUUUUUUUUUAAAUGUUACCAGCACUUUUUUUGUAAGUUUCACUUUCUGAGGUAUUGUACAAGUUCACACUGUUUGUGAAGUUUGAAUAUGAAGGAAUAAUUAAAAAAACAAAACAAAAAAACAAAAA